UAGCUUGAAGACAGGAAGAAACUAUAGCAAGACAAGUGCUUGACAUCGAAAAUCUCUGUCCAAGAAGAGGAGGAGAGAGAUGGGAAGCUUUGUUGCAGAUAAAAUCCCUGAUGCCAAGUUGCUUCAUGAGUCUGAGAAGAAGGAACAAACUGAAACUGACAUAAAUGUAGAAGGUAAUUGUCCGUCACUCUUCUUCCUCAAAACUUGUGUAAACCAUAUUGUUUUAUUGACAUGAAACAAACUAGGCCCCAACUUUCAUUCUCUCAGAAACUUAAAUUUUUGAUAGUAUCUCUUGCAUGAUUGAUGAAUGCUGCAUAUAUAUAAGAAAUGCUUUUUGCAGACUUUGGCCUAUGUUUUAGUAAGCUGGAAGUUUGUUGAUGCAGGAGAUGAGAAAGAUGAGAGAUAUAAUGAUAACCCUAUUGAGGAAGUGAGGCUUACAGUUCAAGUCACUGAUGAUCCUUUGUUGCCAGAUUUAACCUUUCAAACACGGUUUCUGGGGAUGAUAUAGUGUUCCUUGCUUGCCUUUGUGAACCAAUUCUUUCAAUAUCGCCAUAAUAUGCUGUAUGUUGGCUCAGUUUCCGCUCAAAUUCUUGUGAUGGCUGCAACACUUCCUUCAAAGCCGAUUUGAGUCCCAUUCACACCAUGGUCGUUUUCAUUGAAUCGAGGGCCUUUCAAUAUGAAAGAGCAUGUGUUGAUCACCAUUUUUGCUGGCUGUGGAUCCAGUGGUGUUUAUGCACUGGAAAUAAUUACAAUUGUCAAGGCUUUUUAUGAAAGACCUAUGAGUGCACUAGCAGCUCUGUUGGUAGUACUAAAACUCAGGCAAGUCUGAAUGAAUAAAUUUUCUUGGAAUAAUUUCAACCACCAUUGAAUUUUCUGCAAUUGCUAUAAAAAUAAGAACUGUAAAACAGAAUCAUAUCAAGAGUUUUCUUUUUCAUGGAAUUCAGCUGCUAGGAUAUGGGUGGGCUGGUUUAUUCAGAAAAUAGCUCGUUGACUCCCCUUACAUGUGGUGGCCGAGCAACCUGGUUCAGGUCUCUUUGUUCGGGUACUCAUCUCUCUCCCACAUUGAACAAACUCAUACGACAAAUGAUGAAGUUCAAAGUUCAAACCAGAGCUACUUUCUGAAAUUGAGAAACUGAUAACAUGAGAACUGCAGGGCAUUACAUGAAGUGGAAAAGAGAACUAAGGGAGGAUUAAGUAGACUACAAUUCUUCCUGCUCAUUUUCGUAUCAAGCUUUGUGUACUAUACUCUGCCGGCCUAUCUUUUCCCUACUCUGUCUGCUCUCUCCUUUCUCUGUUUGAUAGGGAAGAAUUCAGUUACAGCACAAAAGAUUGGUUCAGGUCUUCAAGGCCUUGCAUUGGCUCCUUUGGUCUUGACUGUUCCACUGUUGCUUACAUGGGAAGUCCCCUAGCCUCACCCUUCUUUGCUAUUGCAAAUAUCUUAGUUGGGUUUGUUUUGUUUCUCUUAUGUUCUUGUUCCAGUUGCUUAUUGGAAUAAUCUUUAUGAAGCCCAGCGAUUUCCCAUAGUUUCUCCAUAUGCCUACGACUCUGCUGGCCAAAUUUGCAAUGUUACCCGUGUCCUCAAUGAAAAGGAAUUUGAUCUCCAUCAAUCAAGCUACCAAAAUUAUAGCAAAGUCUACCUCGGAAUCGUAUUCACUUCUCUCUAUGGAUUGAGCUUCGCAACACUAAUGGCUAGCUUAUCACAUGUUGCACUAUUCGAAGGAAAGUAAGCAUCUUCAAUAACAUCUUGAUGUCUCAUUCUAUUGUUUUUCUUUCUGCAGAAAGAAUAUUAUCUUUGUAUGUCGCAAUGACAGUUUUACAUUUCUGAUUAAAACAAACAAUGAGCAGAAAAAUUUGGGAAAUGUGGAAACAAACAACUUCUGCAGUUAAAGAUCAGUUUGGUGAUGUACACACAAGACUGAUGAAGAAAAACUACAAAGCAGUACCUCAAUGGUGGUUCCACAUUGUAUUAGUAGUAACAUUUGCUCUUUCAAUCUACGCUUGUGAAGGCUUCAAUAGACAGCUUCAACUUCCAUGGUGAGGAAUUGUACUAGCUUGUGGCAUGGCAUUCUUUUUCACAUUACCUAUAAGAGUGAUUCAAGCCACAACUAACAUGGUACUUCCUUGCCCAAUUACAUAUUAUUUGCAUAUAUGGUAUCAUGACUAAAAGUCAGAAAGACUCUUUCUUAAUGGUAUGUGUUAAUUUAUGGCAACCGGGGCUAAAUGUGAUUACUGAGUUGAUUAUCGUGUACAUGUAUCUGGGUAAGUCUCUUGCCAAUGUGGCUUUCAAGACUUACAGCUACGUGAGUAUGAUACAAGCUCUCAGUUUUCUUAGCGAUUUCAAACUAGGUCACUAUAUGAAAAUCCCUCGCAAAUCCAUAUUCAUUGUUCAGUUAGUGGAAACCAUAGUUGCUUCAACUGUCUGCUACAGCAAAGCAUGGUGGCUUCUCUCAUCUGUUGAUCACAUAUGCAAAAAAAAUUUACUACCAAAGGGGAGUCCAUGGACAUGUCCAAACGAUGUUGUCUUCUACAAUGCUUCAAUCAUCUGGGGAGUUGUUGAAUCGCUCAGAAUGUUCACGAGCCAUGGUAUCUACCCACAGAUGAACUGGCUCUUCUUGAUUGGUGUACUUCCCCAGUUCCAGUAUGGCUGCUUUCACACUGUUAGAGCUCGUGUUUAUGUAAAGAAGAGAGGCAAGAAAAACGCUAAUGCAAUUGAGUAAGGUGAGAAGAUGAUAACCAAUGAUGUCAACACAGGUGGAGCUGAGAAAUUGAUAUUUGGUACCGAUAAUGUUAAUACAGGUGGACAUGUUGAGAAAUCAAUAGAUAACAGCUUUAUAGAAACAACACAUGUCGCAGAGCAUCAGCAAGAAAUUAGGAGUAUGCAGAAAAAAGAGGGAACCAUCGAUGUGUUGUAUGCUGAGUUGGCAUAUCAUGAUUGGAAGGGCAACAGUAAGGGAAGAAUGGGAGAAAAAGGGAGCCUGGAGAGCAGAGAGGGGGAAAAAAAUCAUUUUGAAGAAGGAAAGGUUUGAGGAGAGAACCAGCCUCUUGAAAGCUGGAAGUUGCAUCUGGGUUUUGUGUCAUGGAUUUAAUCCAUCUUUUGUUAUUGUUUUGGUUUGUUUCUGUAUCAGGAACAUUUCCUUAAGAGGUUUCAGUUAGUAUUUAUAUUCCAAGUUACAUGUUCUUUUGUUAUGAAUAUUGGAGGAACAAUAUUUAAUUGCAAGUUGUCUAUUUCUGCUUCUAUAACAAAAUUUAUAUAAAGAGUUUGCUGUU